UGGUGAACGACCUUAAGCUGACCCCAUUUCCCCUGAGUUAUUAUUUUUGGUGUCUUACUACUUGUGGUCUCCUUUGGAUCUCCUGGACAAAAAUAUCUAAGGCCUGUUUCUUGACUCCAAUUUCGUAGAAAUUUGGAGAAAGUUUGAAUCACAAUUUCAAUGCCUAGUCGUUCUGGAAAGAUCUAAGAAAACGGCUAUAAAAAGGAGUGUGAUUGAAUCAUACAGACCAGUCAGCCACGCGCAGCAGACAUUGAGAGAAAGUUAUUUUUUUAACGUCUAAGAGGUUUGUUGACAGUGUGUGUGUGUAGACUUCUUUUCAUAAUCGUAACAAUUUUACACAUUGUGUUUAAUUCAACAUUCAACCGGGACCAGCCAAACAGUAUACUGCAAGUCGAUAAUUUUAAUUAUAUUUCUUUUUGAGUUUGUAAUUUAUUAUUAACUUAAAAAACGUAUUAAUUGUAAUUAGCUCUGGUUUAAGCGUCGCAUUCUCUUUUACUGUAUUUAUUAUGUGGUAUCGUCUUUUUUUAUGUACUGCUGCAGAACGAGCCAUACAAUUUAUGAUUCCUCCAUACAGAUGAAGUACAUAAUGAAGUACAUGAUGAAAAAAGCAAACAAAUAUUUAAUUUUAUAAAAUGAUAUCAAAACCACUAUUUAAAAAAAAAAUAAGACCUUUGUUUUCUUUUUUCUAUCUUGGCAAAUCAUUCAGAAAGGCAUUAAGUUUAAUCUAGGAACUACUUCCAGGAUGUUUUAUAAUACCUAUUAGUUCAUUUAUUUGUUGUACAACCCACUUACUACUUUUAGAACUUUAAAAUGGAAAGAAAAUGAGAUGCAAAUCAGUAUUUCACAAAAUUCUCGUCAUUACAAUCAUGUCCUCACCCCAAAACCCCUCGACACAAAAAUGUAAAUAAAAAUAAUAAUGAUAAGUUGAGCCCUUAAUCAUGGGCUUUAUUUCCCUUUUGACUGAUCAGGGACUUUACCCAAUCACACACAGCAUGACUAUAUGAUGUGAUAUAUCCUUAGAGCGUCAAGCACAGGACACCACACCAACAAAAGAAACAGGCAUAAGCUUUCAUAGAAAUAUUGAUCCGGGUCUUUAGGAUCAAUAUGUCUCGGUAUUAAUUCAAUGGCGUCUAAGAUCCUGUUUGGAAUUCCUAGAAAAUGUAUGACUCCAAACAUGUGGCACGCAACAAUAAGAUUGCUUGAGUCUAUUUAUAAAGCUGAUGUGGUCUGAUUUCUCGAAAAAAACAACUAAUCUAUUCGGUAAAGUCUAAAUUAAUUAAAAACAAUCAAUACAUUUUACACAGAAAGAAAUAAUACAAAGUAAAAUGUUAAAUAUCAAUGUUUAAAUAUUAAUUCCUCUUGUAUAACUCGUUUUCCCUAAUUUAAUCAUUUACAUUACAUAAUUUCAUAUAUAAAGUUUAUAAUUGCUAUAUUUUUUUAACUCUGCAGAUUGAAUUGAUUUGGAAGGGAGGUACAAUUAACUCAUGGAACGUAAGAUAAGUAAAUAUUAGAUUCACUUAUUAGCGACUAAGAAUUUAGUCAUUAGCCAUUUAAUGCGAAACAGUUUUGAGGACAUGGUAACAUACUUCUUUAAGGGGAAAACACCACAACACUGCAAUCAUUCAUUAGGCCAGGUACAAAGAUAGCGUUAGAUGUAUUAAUCAAUAAUAUGGAUAUUUAAAUAAAAUAGGCCAACUCCCAGGUAAGUGACAACAUAUAAGGUGAAUAGGUUCAUACAAAUUUGUUAAAAAUUGUCGCUAAAGAUCAGGCGUGCCUUUGUUGUCUUUAUAACAAACAGCACAUUUUCAAUUCCAUACGAACUACUGUUGUAUACACGAAUCGAAGGCUCCGUUAAAGUCUAAGGGUAACACUCGUCACAGAAUCAGCGACAACAACAGUUUAUAGUUUCUUACGGAUCUUUAUUGCAUCACUGCUCUCUGUAUCUUCUUCCUUACACACUCAAUGUGCACACUAACAAACUGCCAAUCCAAUAAAAACGAAAACCAUUAUUUACCAUGACCAAAAAAAAUCACCAAUACAAGGUGCAUAUAAAACAGCUACACAAUAAAGCUCUCCACACAAUACAAUGACUCACUUAUCAGUAUUGUAGUAAGUUUCCACAUUAGAUCUGACGUAAUCGCGAGACCUAUAUAUAUUGGGAAUUUGCACCUGCAGUUAUAAAACGGGCUGUGUACAGUAAGUGUCUUACAAAAAUCACGCUUUACUAAACAAUGGGCUCAGAAGACAAUUAGUUUUUGGCCACGGAGUUUUAAAAGAGAUUUUUAUUAUUGAAAAGUUUGUUUCGUAAAUGUAAUAAUAAUUCAUGUUUGUUAAAAGGUAAGUAUAGCCUUAGACUUUGAGCCGUUUUUUAAAGUUUGUCUCAUCUGUGUAACUACCCAUUAUCACAAAACAACGUGUGCCACGGAUGCUUUCAUUUAUUGAAACGAUUUGGUGAGACAGUCCGAGGACUAUGAUCCAUCGUAUGUUGCUGACAACAUUAUGAAAUUUCGAUUGGACAAUUCAGAAAACAAUCAGUGAUGAAUUCAUCAUAUCAGUUUGAAAAAAAAAAAAUGUAAAGCGACAUCAAUGAUAUGAAUGUAAUGAGGUUUGGAUGAACACAAACUCACUCGCAUAUUUAAAGCUAAACAUUUUCAAUCAAUGCAUUUAAUGUUUGGUAAAUUAACAUAAUUUGAGGUAUAUUAUACUAAAAAACAAUCAGUUCAGAAAUUUGGGUAAAAUAUUUGUAAUAAAUCAUUCAUAAAAGUUAACUUCAAUUUAUUAGUAUUGACAUAAUAAAUGUCCCAUGAAAUAGAUAACGUCUUUAAAUUUGUAACAUUCCUUAAAUGCAUAAAUUUAAAUAUGAGAUUCUAGCAAAAUUAGCAGUGCAAAAACAAUACUUUUAAGGGUAGGUUUGAAAUAAGUCUUAAAAGGAAGGAAAUUCUUUCUGAUGUUUAUUCAAAGUCAUCCCAUGCCUGGCCAUGACAAAAUACUUUAUCACAUACUACAUUAUAAAUUUCAUGUGGUUUUUUUAUAUUUUAACCUAUUCAAAAAAUGAAACCCACUUUGUAAUACAAGUUACAGUAGGGUGUACAAGUAUGUUAUGCCUGUUGUUGUGCAAAACAUGUCUACAAUGUUAAAAAAAUCUUUGCACAAUUGAAAAUAUUGUCGGGGUUUCUUUCAUCUACCUCUUGAGGGGAGGGGGGGGGAGGGCACUGCUUCCCGAAGAAAGUCGAGUGGCCCCUUCUCCAGGAGAUUAAUGUGUACAACAAUACAACAAUAUAACGAUUAUAUAUAUAUUUUUCAAUCAGUAGGGUGUACAAGUAUGUUAUGCCUGUUGUUGUGCAAAACAUGUCUACAAUGUUAAAAAAAUCUUUGCACAAUUGAAAAUAUUGUCGGGGUUUCUUUCAUCUACCUCUUGAGGGGGGGGGGGAGGGCACUGCUUCCCGAAGAAAGUCGAGUGGCCCCUUCUCCAGGAGAUUAAUGUGUACAACAAUACAACAAUAUAACGAUUAUAUAUAUAUUUUUCAAAUAAAAACGAUUAAAUUGCAAUUUUUUUAACUGUUUAAAAAAGAAUAUUAAAAGGUGCCUUUAAACGAAUACAAUUAUUAGUUGAAUCUAUGAAAUAUCGCUACGUUCGAUAUAUUUGAUGAGCUGUAUAUCUAUAAGGUCAAUAUUUCUAAAGGCUUACAUUAUUCAAUUAUAAAAAAUCGUACUGGCCGCUCCUGAUUAUGAGCCGAAAUCUUAGUUCCCGUUGUUCACACUUAUCGGUAUUUUUAUUCAUUAAUUUCUUUUUAUAACACGCUAAUAAACUACGUUUACAUCAAUAUCAAGGUCUACAACUCUAAUAAUAGUUCUAGCAAAGUAUCAAAUAUACGCAAUCUAUUUUCAAAUUAUAUGUCAUAUAAAAGAAUAACUUUUAUAGUAGGUAUAGUGUUAUUAUUAUAGUGGUUUUAUAUAGCACAGUAACCCAACCAAAGGCUAGGCUUACUGCACUUCACAUAAAAAUCAGCAAUUACAGAAAAUUAUACGUUCAAAAACAAUAAUUGGUGAAAAGCUUCAAUUCACCUACCCAAGACUAUCUACAAAUGUCUAGCCAUGGACAGCAAUCAGCAGCAUCGAACGUUGUUCAUCAGCUAGAGGAGGGGUUAGAGAAUGAGUCAGUAUCGUAGAGUUUUGCGAGAUGGGUCUUGAAGGCAGUUUUGAAGGCUGGGAUGGUCGGCAUAUUGCAGAUGUGUAAUCGGAGAGAUUUCCAUCGUUUGGAGGAACAGAUAAAUAAAGAACUCUCAUCAAAUGUUUUAGUGCGUGUUCUGGAAACAGAAAGAGUACGUGUGUCUGCAGAAGAACGAAGCUAUAAAUUGUGAGAUGGCGUUAGGCUUUAAUUAGCAUAUGUUGAGUUAAAUGUAUUGAAAACUUAAAAUAAUUGAGAUAUAUUUUUUUAUUCAUUAAGGAUAUAACGGCGCAUACAAAAGAUGCAAUUGGUAAUUAAUCUGAAAAAAUUGUACAGUAGUAUGAAAUUCCAUAAGCAAAUUUCAAUCAAUUGAAUAUUGGGAAAUGUCUUCUUUAUUCUAAAAACACUCUUGUCUUCUUUACAUAAUAAUGGCGUUCAUAUACGAUGUAUAAGAAUGACUAGUUUUUAGAACUCAUAAAAAUGUAUAGACCUUUCUACUAACCAGUUGUAUUUUGUGUGUGUUUUUACUCUGGUAAAACUUUAAAAUACUUAGCAAAUGUUAUUAUUAAAAGUGAGUUGAUCAUUAUAAACAUAUUUAUUUUUUUUUUAUUCGAGUUCAACAUAUAAAAUGAUGUUAGCAGUGCUGGAAACCUUUUUUUUUCUUUUGAAAAUUCACAAACUAUGUAUAAUGAAAUUAUGGAUCACGAUAUAUAAAGAGCAUUCCAAACGUGUUUUCAUUUAUUUAGAUCAAUAAUAUAAACGAAUAUAUAUAAUAUUAUAUCAUCGAUAGAGGGUUGCUUAUCAGACAGAAAAUUUCAGAGAGCAUUUUUCUCCAUAUAUUUCAAACAUAAUUUUUUUACAAAAGUGAAAAGAAAUAAGACACAUGUAGGGGAUCGGCCUCUCUGUUAUCACAGCUAGCAUGGUGUUUUUGUGGUAAGAAAGAAAUUUCAGUUUUUAGAAUGACAACAAAUGCUCACACCUUGAUCGAAACUUCCUUGCAGUUAUAACAAAUAACCAGAAAUGACAUCAGAAACCCGCACUAUUGAAGACACUCACUAUGAGCAAAUGUUGACUUGUUGCCUCGGCCGGCGGGUUUGGCACCCCUAAACAACAUUCAAGGUAAAUCACAAAUCGUUUUAAAAAUGCAGUCUAUAAGUUAUUGCUUAUUUGAUAAAGUUCUAUAGAUUUAAAAACAAUCUUCAUUUGUCUGAAUGAUUUAGAACAGGGCUGCACAAGUGUAAGGCUUUCCGUAAUAUUCAAAACUUGCGCGGGCUGAAAGAAAAUAGGACGAGAGAUUUAGUAAGAAAAUCAUAAUAAUGCCAAAUAUUUUGUUACUUCAGGGUCCAAAAAUUGAAUGCUGGUGGGCCGCAUGCACCCCGUGGGCCGUAUGGUGUGCAUGCAUGUCUUAGACCUUACACUUGUCAUUGUGUCCUUUAAUUAUAAAAGUAAAACAAUCUAUCAGCAAAUUAGUUUAAAACUGGAUGUAAAUACAUUUAACCGCUUCAAAAGCCCUAAUGCAGUGGUUUCAAAGUGGGCAAUAAAACCAAUGGAACAAUGGGAUGGCCAAUUGGUAGGGGGGGGGGGGGGGGGGGGGGGGGGGGGGGGGGGGGAAGGUUGAAAUGUUCGAUUGUAUCAGAGGGAGUAAGGUGGUGGCUGCACACAAGUGACGAAGUAAUAGAGAAAACAAUUUCUUUAGCAAAAUAAUAUUUAACUCGUAAAAAAAAAUCUAAUAUGGCAAUAUAAAAUUAAAUGCAAUCUAAAUCAGAUUUUAAACUAUUUGUUUUGCAAGUUAUGUAAGGUAAUGCCUUGACAGAAAGUGUCAUCAUCAGCUUAUAAGGGGAAGUUUUUCUCGCAAUACUUUACUUGACAACUUGGUCCGCUAACAAAAAUAUCAUAAAAACAAAAGUUUAUUAAAGUCUUUUUUCUGCUUAUUGUUUUUAAAAAUGUUUCCUCAUGCAUUAACUAUUCAUUGCGUAUUUCAUUGCCGAAAAAUGAUUGCUAAAACACUCAGAAAAUUCCCCACCCCCUUUCCUUUCUUCCCCAACACAACAAACAAUUAAAAACCGUUAUUAUAGCUUUUAGUUCAAUUAUUUUUUGUGUGUAGGAAACAAGUACGAUUUUGAGCAUUUUAUGCCCAUUAUUUAAGUUUUUGGAAUUUCCCUGUCUUGUUAGUAGGUCACUUUUAAAUGCUAUUUCACAUUGGUUUUUUUUAGACAUAAGGGAUUUUCGAAGGUAAAUAUGCUAGUGAUAUUGAAGAGAGCAGCUGUGGACAAAUGAGCUAAAAAUAUAAACAGAAAACAACAUAUACUUUUUCGAUUGCAUUGAUAAUACAGGUCUUCAUCAUUGGAUAAUAAGAGCCGCACUAGAUUGAUAUCCAGCCUCGGGUGGUGGGUUUGGCGGGUAAGUUCAAACGUAUCUUCAUUAACCAAUGAAUAGUUUAGUUUAUAGUCUUAGAUUGACUUAGGCUAAUACAUUUAAUUAUUUAUUGAUUUGAAAAAUAAAAUAAAAUUUCAAAACACAAAAGGAAAUACUAUUAAACACGUAUAGAAUGCGCUAGAAUGAGACACAGAGAAAUAGGGAUUCAAUUAUGGGCACCCGCACGUAGGGGCAAGGGGGGCUCUUGCCCCCCACCCCCCCCCCAUGGGGAAAGGGGGGCUCUUCCCCCCCCCCCCCCCCAUGGAUUGAUUGGAUAAAAAAAAAUUUGACAAAAAUAGACAAACAAUUUAUUAAAGUAAAGAGAAAAUAAAAGAGAAAGUAACUAAGCUGAUGUCCUGUCCGUUCGUUCACCAUACAAAUACGCUACAGUAAAUUAAAACUAUAUUAAAACAUUACUAAAAUAUGUUUGCCCCCCCCCCCCCCCAGAAAGUUUUCUGCGGGCGCCCAGGGAUCCAAUGAUAUAAAUAUGCCAUGGUCCUUCAAAACGAAUUACGUGUAUAUGCAAUAAAGUAUGUUACGAUAUUGAAUGUGAUUAACUAAAUACAUUUAAACAAAUUCAUUUCUCUACAGGAUAGCUAUUUUGGCCAUGUUGUUAGCACUGACGAGCUUGACUUUAGCCGCAAAAAAUAUCAAGUCAAGAAAUACAACAAAAGUAAACUUCAAUGUUUUUACUUUUUAAAAAAAAUAUAUUUGAAUACUCCAAACAUGUCAUUGUAGUUUCCAACGUACAGAUNUAUAUAUAUAUAUAUAUAUAUAUAUAUAUAUAUUUGUAUAUUAUAUAUAUAUAUAUCGAUAGUGCAUGCCUAUCUCAAUAUCAAAUUGUACCUACAAUAUAUGUUUGAAUCUAUAUUAUUUGUUUGUAACUAUCAAUGCAUUUUUUAAAUGUUUUUUUAACAUAUUUUAAAAAAAAAAUCUUGAAAAUGUGUUCAUUGUGUUUCCUUUUCCUCCUUUCAGUUUACACAAAUAAACGGAAAGAAUGUUAUGACUAUAAAACUGUUUUCCCUAUUGGAAGAGGUAUUUUAAAAUACUUUGAAAAUUGUUUGUACAUUUUGAUUAAAUUCGAUAUGAAAAUGAAAAACUUGUGUUAGCAACAAAAUAAAAAUUGUUUUAGAAAUUUCUUAAUAUAAUUCACUUUAUAAUAAAAGAAUUAGUUGCCAUAUUAAUCCCAAUUUUGCAAUAAAUAAAUUUACAUAUGAAACCUAACGAUUUUUACAGAUUUUUAAAGAAAAUAAUUUGCAACAUGAAAAAGCACGUUUUUAUAUAGCUUAAUGUGGAUAUUUCUAUUUAAAUUACUAAUGAAUUUCUUCCCCUGAGAUUAAAUCUUGGAAACAAAUCAUCGACUACCAGUUACUAAGAAAACUAUACAUUUACAUUUAUUGUGUAAUAUCUCUAAUCUUAUUUGCUUUUUUAUGUAAUAUUUUUAAUGAUUAAGUUAACUUAAAUUCCUACAUAUUAUAAAACCAAUUUUAUUGUGUGUAUUGUUAUUUUUGUUAUAUUUAUAGUUGAACUAAUUUUUUUUUUAAAGAUACAGUCUUAAUACUUUUUUCAACAAUAUAUUACACAAUAUAGACCCUUCACAUUCCCAAAAUGUGUAACUUCUCUCUUGUGGCUGUACAUAAAAAGUUGAAUCAACCAAAUGUUUUGUCAGGACAGGACAAUGCAGGUAAAUUUAAAGUAUUUUAAGCCAUGGAGUGAUAACAUUGCAGUAGUUAAAUACCGCCGACAACAAUGGAUAUUUCUUGAGUGUUUUACUGUCCUCUGCUCUCUGUGAUAUGUUCAUUUGUCCUGUGUUCGGAAGAAGGCUCUAUGCCAUAAUGUCCUAAUCUUUUUGUCCUGUUCUCUAAUUGAAGCUUCCACAUACCUCGUUUUGAUAUUUCAUUUACUAGGCAUGAAGCAGUCCUUUAAUUAUUAAAUAUUUAUAAUACACAUGUUGGGGUAGUUUUAAGUUUGAAAGUCCCUCGUCUAGUAUUAUAAUGGAGAAAUGCCAUUGGAACCAUUUUAUACUGACCGAGAGAAAAGAAUGCUGCUUAAAAAUAUUAGGUAUCUUUUUUAACUUUCUAAAAACAUGUCUUUUUGAACAGUAUGCCAUUCUUAAAAAGCCAUUUUAACCAUGUGUUUGAUCAUCUCUAAUUGCUACUUCCAGUUACUAUUUGGCUAUUUUUUUCAAUUAUAUUAUCGUAUCUAAAGCACUUACUAAAUAUACUUAAUGUCCCAAUAAUAAAAAAAAAAAACCCAGAGCAGUAAGUACAAUUGAAACUAAGAACUAAAACUAAGACCAUCGGUGAACGCUCCUUCUGCUUCCAUGGGCCCACGUUCUGGAACCAGCUCCCCUUCCAUAUACGUCAUAGUGAAACCUCGUCCAUUUUCAAAAAGUCCCUUAAAACUCAUCUGUUUAGGUCCGCCUAUGACCUGUGAGUCACCCUCCUUGCCCUACCUCAUUUUCUGUUUCGGGUUGAUCCUGAAGUGUCAAAGUGUCCUCGUUUUAUAGCCAUUUUCAUUGUUUCUAUAGAAUAGUAGUUAAUAUCCUAGUGUCUCAUUUGUAUUUACUUAGUUUACAUGUUUUAAUAAUUGUAAAGCGCUUAGAGCUUUAUGAUAAGCGCUAUAUAAAAAUGCCUAAAUAAAUAAAUAAAUAAACGCCCAAACCAAAAUCUUGACUUUUAUAAACGCAUCACAAAUAAAUAAGCGCUAUUUAUUGUUUGCCUAGACGCAGCAUUUCGGGCAAACCUUCCCCCCAUCCUUUUGGGCCUGUCUUUACUUAACACAACUAUCACGUCAUAACAACUUAUUUACACGCAAUCCUUUUAUUAGCUGUCACGGGAUAUUUUUUUUUAUAUUAAUUUUAUAUUUCAUUUUAAGCAAAUCUCAGAAUACAUUUAGAGAAAUGUGUUCAACACAUCAAGAUUUGUGAAUAGAGUUUAGCCCCUGAAUAUGGGCGCCUUUGAUGAAUAGGGAUGUUAUAUUACCUUACCCGCAGUGCUUAAAGUCUAGUCACAUUGACCAUUUAACAAAACAAACCAAAAACAACAAAAAACUUUCUUACCCUAAAUUCAUCAUUCUGCACAGCUCCCAAAACUAAAAACAUACCAUUCGACAAAUAACAGAGAGUCUUCAAAUAAGGAUAAAUUAAUAAUGAAAGAACAUUGAAUCAAAGUUUAGACUUUUUAGAUUUAAAGAAAACUUAAUUAUUGUUUGUUUCUUUUUAGGACCAGUGUUCAGUCUAACCGAGCAUUUUGAUACAACAUUGGAUGAAGAAAUGAAACAUCAAGAAAUCGUUAGAGGCUCUCGAAUUGUUCAAAAUGGAAUCAACAUUCAAUACACGGGUAAUUGUUGUCAUUUUUUUCAGGGAACUUUUUAUCAAAGUCAUUUACACUAUUAAAAAAGUACCACAAUAUUCAGUAAGUCUUACAUGUUGUUUAGCAUUUUCUUCACUAUAAUCGUAUCUAUGUACAAUCAGUAUUAAAAAAACAAAAAAAUUAACAUAUUUUAUUCAUUAAAAAUAUUCAUUAUGUUAUCUAAAUCAUUAACGUUUGACACACACACGCACACACACACACACACAUAUAUUUAUGUUUGUCAAAAUAUAUCAUUUAUGCCCAUAUAUGGAUUUAACUGACAAGAAGAUGCUUUGAGAAAAACAAUUAAGAUAUCUUUCAAAAUCAGAUUAUGUGUAUUUUUGCUGAACGUCGCAAUACAUUUUUAAACAAAAAUGUUUUUGACAUCAGGCAUAGAUAUAAUGUUUGCUAGCCACUUCAAAAAAUAAGGAUUCAUGUUUUAAAAGUCUAUUACUCUGAUUGUAUAAAAUAGUUAUUUUACUUCUAUUUAUUAUAGAUAUUUGCGAUGAUAAAUAACAGCCAUAAGUACAGAUCAAUUCAAAUUUACCCCGAUAUUUAACCUUAUGACGUAACUUAUUUACACUGUUAUUGGCAUGUUUAUUAUUUAGUUUCAUUAUACUACCGAAAAUUACCCGAGAAACAAUAGCGGCAGCAAUGCAUGAACUUCCCAUCUACUGAAGUUACUUGACAAAACAAGGACUCAAGUAACGCACUGUAUAGGACUACAAAUUAGUGCUUACUUCCCAGAGUUUUAUUGUUUUUUUUUUUGUCUUUUGCGUACCAGCCAUGCAUGCAUACAUAGAGAAUUAAUAUUUGUGAUGAAUUAUUUUUAUUCAAUAUAUUUAUAUUUGCUAUUUAAAUAGGUUUGUACUACAUCUACAGCAGUCUAAAGUUUGCAUCAAAUGUGACGGGGUCCCCAAUCAAACUCUCUGAUAGGGUAAACCUUUAAGUAAAGAAAUAGGACAAUUAACAGAUGAUUUGACACCGGUAUAUUAGUUAUCAUGACAUAAAAGAGAAGAUGUUGAAGCAUAGACACCAUUAGCAAUUAUACUGCAAUCAUUGUAUUUCAUUAUUUUCAUCCCCAGAGCUGGUUUCAUUAUGUCCAUAGAAUAAGUCCUAACAGUCCAAUGAAUUCUGGAGUCCUUCUUCGAGCUGUGCACACCAUCUGCCCACAAUGCAACAAGAGCCAAGAAAGCACUUACACAGGUUUAAUUUCAGAUAUAUUUAAAAGGAAAGUAAAUUGCAUUUCAAAAUGAAGAAUGCUAAGAAUUUAUGAUUCUCAAGAGAAUUAUUUAAAAAGAAUAAGUUGCCUAAAAAGUUAAUGUAAUGACCAUUAAAUGUUAAAAUUUCUUCUUACUUAGGUGGAAUAUUUCAUCUCACUAAGGGAGACACCAUUAAAGUCUGCCUGUCAGGAUUAGGAAUAGCGGGAUUUUCGGAUGAGUCGAGCUACUUUGGAAUGUUUAUGUUGCAUAGUGAACCUGGGAAACCUUAAAACUGUAGAACUGAAGAAGAAUCAAACUUUUGUGUGCUCAUUUAUUUAAUGAUGAAACCUUGUAAUGUUGUUUAAAUUUUACCAAUGGACUAGAUUUUAGAUUAAUAACGAAUUAUACAUAAUAUCCAGACAAAUGAAAUUGUUGAUGUUGUAGUUAUGUAUAUUUCUUGUUAUUUUGACAGUUAUACUGUUUGCUGAAGAAAACUCGUUGCCAAAUUUUUCUAAUACGCUCGAAUGAAAGUGUUUAAGUAAAGAUAAAUUAAAAUACAUUCGACAAGCGUUAUAAUGCUAUUAAAGGGCCUUCAACUUAUUAGAUAUAAAAACAUAUGGCAUUAUUUACACGCCUCUCUACCCCUUAUAACGCUAGGUAACAUUUACAUUAAAUACCCCUUUAAUCUUGUAAUAACUGUGAUAACUCACAUAGUAACAUAAUGAAUUGUCUUGGAUAAUGUAUUGCUCUCGUAAUUUAGGGUUUAUAGGAAGUAACAAAAAAUGGAUAGGUAAAUCGCAGAAGUACGACAAGAUGGAUGCAUGAGUAGAAUUAAGUGUCGAUUGGCUGAAGCAAAGAUUUAAUGUACAUCGCACAGCAUCAUAAUAUUUAUCAAACAAAUCUGAGUGAAUUAUAUGUGUGAUGUAAAUAAGUCAAUGACAAUCACGCUUUAUCAAGUUUAAAGGGGUUUAAUUUGUACUGUGUCAAUAUUCAGUCAAUAAACUUGUGAUGCAAAAUUCAUGAAGUUUUACCUCAUGCUCUCAAGUAUCAUGGAUGAUAUAUGAAGAGUUGAUUUUCAAAACGCCGUUUCUCAAUUUUUGGUGUUUUGAGACCUACGACUUUUUCUGCUACACAUUGAUGGCUCAAAGUAUUUUCGGAAAAGUAAAUGUUAAUUUAGGUAUAUAUUCAAAAUAUAAGUUAGAUUAUGAUGAAAAUUGAAAUGUAGGUUCAUUAUAAUGUAUUUAUUUACUUAGUUUAAUUUCUUAUUUCAUUUCAAAAUGCUGUGUAUCCAGCUUUUACUUACAGACAAAAUGCUGUAUAUCCAUUUUGAUAGCAUAACAUUAUUCCCAGUAGCAAAUAUUCAAAUUGUUUAUAGAUUACAAAACAUUUUAAUAACAAAAUAAAGUUAAAUAACAUCAUAUACAUUAUAUAAUUGUGUAUGACUAUUGUUUUUUUUUAUUGAUACAUUUUAAAAGACCAAUAUUAUGAAUGCUGGGAAGUCGCUUGUAAUAGUGUAAUGUUUAGAAUGCUUUAAGUUUGCAUGAUUGUUUUUAUAAAUUUGAAUUCUAAUCAAAAGUAAACAAGAUAAUGUUCAAUUCACAAAUCAUUUUAUUUGAAUUUAGAACAACGACAAAAUAGAAAAUUAUCAAGUGUCUGAGUCAGAGUGUGCAUCAUCUUCAAGAGCUGUUUGGUUUUAUUUCCAGGAAAAGUUUAUGCAUCGUAUUUACAUUCAAAUCAGAUGUCAAAUAUUUAUAUCCCUGAGCACCCUUUCUUCUGUAAUGGCCGGAUCUGCAUAGAAAAGAUUGAAUGUGUAAUAAAUAACACAGCCUAACUCUGUAAAGCAACUUUUUAUUGUAUUUUCAUUAACACUUCUGAUGUGUAGUAACCAUGACCAUAAGAAUAAUAAAAAUGUAAAUUGACUUUUAGUGCUUUUUUUAAUAAAGUUACCGGUAACUCACCUUAGGCAGAACCCUUUAUCGUGAUUACACGUAACCGAGGGGAUCUUUCCUCUGCUUGAAUUACGAAAUGAUUUUUAUUUUUCUCGUGUUGAGCUUUUUUUUCUUUUUUUUCGAGAUUUUAUAGCACAAACAACUCAUUCAUCCAGGCCGUCGUUAUGCGCCGUGUUUGUUGUUGUUUCCCGUCGUGAUGCGCAGAAUGCCGCAGAAUCGCUUGACGAUGACACGGAUUAGUCCGAAAAGAUAUACGUCAUUUGAUAAUUUAACAAAAUAAUUCACACCGCGUUUUAAAAAGAAAAUCAUUUUUAGACAUAUAAUAGUAUAGUAUUAAAAUGUGUUUUGUACAUAAACUUUAACAUGUCCUAAAGGAGCCUUGUUUGCUCUACAAGAAUAUGCAGUUAUCUCAUGGUUUUUUUUCAAAAAUGGUUGAUAACGCGUUUUGAAAAUCGACUCUUCAUAUGAAUUCGGAUAAUUAAGUCGGAUACAACAACUUUAUAAUACAUCAACCUUACAAGUAACAGAAUUUAUUAAAAUAACUAUAUUUUUGUUACAAUAUAUUUUUGAAUAAAAUUUUCUU